CCCUAACUUUUUCCUCGACUUUUUCAAUCGCUGGUCUUACUCGUCACAGGCUCAUUCCUGCACGAAGGGGAAACAUGACCGACUUAAGCACAAUCGGCCCAAGCUUCAGACUCGUCAGAAUUCGGAGGGUGCAGGUUGUGUCUGAUAUGAUUGAAGUGUUUAAGGAUCCAUCACUUAUGGCAGCUCAACUAAAAGUGCACAUGCACAUGGCCAAGAAGAAGUCGGAGCAGAUGAAAAUGGAGUUUUCAGGGACGCACUGUCAGCGUUCUAGACAGCAUUUGAGAAUUCCUGCACAGUUGGAGAAGAUAAACGACAUGACUUUCAAACUCCAGAGAGAGAAGCCAUUGCUAGACUCCUUGAAUUGUAAAGUUAAAUAGGGCAUUCCUGAUUGCUACACUUUUUGAGGAAAGCGAGGUGACACAGCAAGUGCUACUCGAUUCUUUCUUAGCCUAUUUGUCUAGGGAUAAAAGGGCUUUGGUUGUGCAUGCUUUUGAAUUAACGGUUCUUUGGAUGAACACAAUGACGAGUGGCUUGAUUUCUUAUAUAGAUUCGAAUAUAAGCGAGCUCCAAAGCCUGAGCAGGGAUACAAUUUUAGAAAUCGCUCACAAAGAGCGAAUACAAGCUUGUCAAUACAUUAUUGACAUGACAUGAGCCAUAACGUAAACUAAAGACAGCCACCCUUAACUCCACGGAAAACUUAUAAAUUUAUUAACUAGAGCCAUUCCAACAAACAAAACUGAUGAGGUGAUCGAUCUCCUUGAAGUUAUCCCACAACCGCAAAAUUUUGCCUGGAGAAAAUGUCAUAUUCUACUUUAAAAAUUACCUGAGAGAACUAGAUAUUGAGAGACUGACACCAUAUGUUUGGACAAAAUUAAGGUUACUUUCACUAGUCUAGAUGGCUUUGAGAGGCGUCCCACUGCUCAUGCGUGGGCACCAUCGGUAUCUUUAGAGUUGCCCUCAACAUACUAAAACUUUGCAGACUUGAGACAAGAAAUGAACAGCAUCAUCGACAGUGAAUUCUGGGAAAUGAACAUUGCUUAAAACUGCUCUUUACAUGUUCUUCUAGUUGUUCCAGUUAAAAAAACUGUAUGUAUAAUGUUUGGCCCUAGUAGGACACUCCCACUUUAAUGACACUGCUUUUCAGAUUCCCUUUCUCGUUCAAACUAUAAUUAAUAACGAACAUAUUAUUGACAACAAAAUAUUUUUCCUUCAUGGCAAUGUUAUUGUAUUCGCAAGAUGACUCCACAAAGGAAAUUUAUGUCUACACCGUCAGGAUCAAGAAUUUUUAGGAGGUUCCUGAGAGUAUCUUUGUCAACACAAAGGCCGUAGACCCGUGAGUCUUUGGAUCAUUUACACAAUUCCAUCUUUAUGCAUCCACCAACCUCUCGGAGACUACUACGAUUUUUCCGUCGCCCAAGACCACGAGACUUUAAAAUUCUCUUCAAUUGGCGCAUACUAAAGUAAAACCCGUGGGUUAAAAUAAGAAGCAAGAUUUCUUUGUAAUGCAUUCCCAAAUGAAAAUAACUCUCAGUGAUAUCUUGCCUUGUUGUAAGAUAGGCAAGUAUGAAGGUAAAACUACCCGACAC